AGAAAAACCGGGAAUAAAAACGCUUCUUUUAUCAUUUUACUGACUGAGUUUCUUGCAGAGAACAAACAAGCAGAGCGAGUAGGAAGUUUGCAGCGAGGCUUUGAAAAGUGCUGCACUGAACAAGUUGUUCCGCACGAUUUGAAAAUAAUCUGCGUGUCAGUGUCAUCUUUCUUAUGCAAAGCAGCUGUCUUUGAAGGCGGAUCUUUUGGCAGGUUAGACCGGGACGGAGACUCCGACCAGCUCAGACGAGCACAGCCACCAGACGCAUCGAGCGCCUGCCCCGGGGAGGAGCGUAAAUCCUGCGUUUCUUGGGAAACACUUUAUAUUAUCCCGGAGGAUUUUUCUUUCUGUCUCGCUUAUUUAAUUUAGAGUGCUUCGCACAAAGGGUUGGAGCAACUUUUUUUCUUAUUAUUAUUCUCAUUUUUUUAUUUUAUUUGUUAUUUUUAGUUUUUGGAAGUUGUUUCUCACGGACCGAAAUCGCACUGCAGCAGGCGCGGAGGAGCACCUAAAUGCUGAUAAAGUGUCAAGAAGCGUGGAGGCGGACCGAACCGAAAGGAAACUAAGAAAAAAAAAUUAUAAUAACAAUAAAAAGCGCAUGGGGUAAUUUCAUGCACGGUGUCAGAGAGAAGUAACGAGGGGGCUUCUUCAGCCGCCAAAGUGAACGUUUUGGGGGAGAGCAUGGACCUGACAGCGCGCUCGCAGCCAGGAAACACCGUCUCUCCAUCGCGGGAUUUCUCUUUUCAUUCAACUCUGCAACUCUGAGCUGAGGGGAGGAUGAUGUUGCAGUGGAUAGUUAAGUAAGUUUCUCUACGCAGCACCUGCUCUGUUUCGGUUCAGACUUUUAUUUUUUUUGAGAGAGAGAGAGAGAAACUUGUGUUUUUCCUGGUUGCAUUGAACAGUUGACUGCAUUUUUCUUCAAGCUGAGAAGGGAGAAUGUGUUCAGCUGUGAUCCCGGUGCCUCUGCUGCUGCUGCUGCUGCUGCUGCGGAGCAGGGGCAGCUCCUCCAUCAGCUCUAUAGAUCCUGACUGGUCAGGAGAGGGAAGAUGCCAGCACAUCAACAUCCCUAUGUGCAAGGACAUUGGCUACAAUAUGACUCGCAUGCCAAACCUCAUGGGUCACGAUGAUCAGAAGGAGGCUGCGCUGAAGCUGCAGGAGUUUGCAACGCUCAUCCAGUUCGGAUGCCACAGUCACCUCAAGUUCUUCCUUUGUUCGCUACAUGCUCCCAUGUGCACGGAGCAGGUGUCCAACCCCAUCCCAGCGUGCAGGGUCAUGUGCGAGCAGGUCAAGCUGAAGUGCUCCCCGAUCCUGGAGAGGUUUAAUUUCCCCUGGCCCGACUCUUUGGACUGUUCGCGCCUUCCGACCAAAAAUGACCCAAACAACCUGUGCAUGGAGGCGCCCAACAACGGAUCGGACGAGCCCCCCAAAGUGUCCCACACUCAGCCUCCAGAUUUUAGGCCGCAGCACCCCCUGAGUGGGCAGGACCUGCACCUGAAGGAAAGCGGUAGCAAGCAGACGUGCAAUCCCGGCAAGUUCCACUUUGUGGAAAAAAGCCAGUCUUGUGCCCCAAAAUGCUACCCCAAAGUGGAUGUUUACUGGAGUCAGGGAGACAAGCAGUUCUCCCUGGUGUGGAUGGCCAUCUGGUCCAUCCUCUGUUUUGUCUCCAGUGCCUUUACCGUGCUUACUUUCCUCAUCGACCCUCAGAGGUUCAAGUACCCCGAGAGGCCUAUCAUCUUCCUCUCCAUGUCCUACUGUGUUUACUCUGUGGGCUACCUCAUUCGGCUUUUUGUGGGAGCCGACAGGAUAGCCUGUGACAGAGACAAUGGCGUGCAGUAUAUAAUUCAGGAGGGCCUGGAGAGCACCGGGUGCACCAUAGUGUUCCUCAUCCUGUAUUAUUUUGGCAUGGCCAGUUCCCUCUGGUGGGUAAUCCUGACUCUAACUUGGUUCCUCGCUGCCGGGAAGAAGUGGGGCCACGAGGCCAUCGAGGCCAACAGCAGCUACUUCCACCUGGCGGCGUGGGCCAUCCCGGCCAUAAAGACCAUCAUGAUACUGGUGAUGAGGAAGGUGGCCGGCGACGAGCUGACGGGCGUUUGCUACGUGGGCAGCAUGGACGUCAAAGCUCUCACGGGCUUUGUGCUCAUUCCUCUUUCCUGCUACCUCAUCAUUGGCACAUCGUUCCUGCUCUCCGGCUUCGUGGCCCUCUUCCACAUCCGGAAGAUCAUGAAGACCGAGGGGGAGAACACAGACAAGCUGGAGAAGCUGAUGGUGCGCAUCGGCGUCUUCUCCGUCCUCUACACCGUUCCCGCCACCUGCGUCAUCGCCUGCUACUUCUACGAGAGACUUAACAUGGACUACUGGCGCAUUCUCGCGGAGGAGCAGAAGUGCGUGGACGGUAGCGGGCCGGAGUCGGACGAGUGCGUCAUGAAGGACUCGAUCCCCGCCGUGGAGAUCUUCAUGGUGAAGGUCUUCAUGCUGCUGGUGGUGGGCAUCACGAGCGGCAUGUGGAUCUGGACCUCGAAGACGCUGCAGUCGUGGCAGAACGUGUUCAGCAGGAAGCUGAAGAAGAGGACGAGGAGGAAGGCGGCCAGCGUCUUCACCAGCAGCAGGCCUUACAUCAAGCCUCACCCAUCCCUCAAAGGGCAGAACACCAAGUACGAGCCUACGCGGCAGCCCCCGACGUGUGUGUGAAGCGGGCCCAAACAGACUUUUAAAACCCUAAAAGCAAGACUGGUCCGGAAAGCACAGAGGUUCAUGUUUUAUUUAUGCCUCAUGCAUUGAGAACAUUACAUGUUCUUUUUUUUUUUUUUUUUGUAUUUUCUGCAGUGUCACCCAACAAGAGCAGCCUUUGUUUGAAAAAAAUCUGCUACCCCUUCACUCGCUUGUUCUUUUGAGGAACUUGGAAUAACAGGAAAAAAAAAAUCCUAUUAUUUCCUUGGACAAAAAGAGUGGAGUAAACCGUUUGGAUGUGCCACGGCGUUACUUGAAUAAUGUGCAAUAGAUGUUUUCCUUUCUGGCUAAAAAGACACUUGUACUGUUGGUGACAGAUUACAGACAAUGUUAGGGCCCCAGUGCACAAUGGAGGCAAAUGGUCAGAGAGAUGAGUGCUGUUUCCAGGCUUUUUUUCAUGGAAAUUCAGCCUGUUUCAUAUAUGUUUGAACUGGACUGAAAGCAGCUGCUGAAAGGCGCUCCAGAUCCUUAUGAAACACCCAUUGUGAGGCGAAUCUUCGCCAUAAAUUAAUCAAGCACUCGAUAUUGAAAAUAUAUUUGUCCACUGUGUUCUUCUGUUGUUGGUUUUUUUUUAUUUCUUUGCUGUUUUAUAGUGCAAAGGAGUGUUUGUAUAUGUUUCUAAAAAAAAAAAAAAAGCCGAUAUUUAUAGAAAAAUUAAUAAUAAAAAAAAGAACUAGUUUUAAUUGUUUUUGCAAAGCUGGAAUCUUAGUUUGAGUGAGUGUCUGUUGAUCAGAUGGCCUUUUAAACUCUCACCGCUUUUAAUUGGAGUUAUCCCUCUGCCAGUUAAAAUAUUUUAAUACUUUGAUUAAAAUAUUACCUUUAAGAAAAGAAAAAAAGAAUAACCAUAAACAUAGCUAAUGAGGGCCUCCAAAAACCUAUUUUUUGCUAUCUGGUAAAUGCCCCAAAUGUGCACUGGCUCUCUGAAACAGAAAUGGCAUUUCUGAGCUGAAUAUCUUGCCUUACUUUGUAGAAAAUGGGACAUUGUUCUGAAAUUAGCUGCAGGCAAAGAGUGGCUUCUCCAUUCUUGUUGUCGAGUGUUUGAAAAAGAAACUGCUGUACUUUUGUGCCCAUUCAAUUUUGGCCUUAUCCAAAGAAAAGGAAAAAAAGCUAAAAGAGAAAAAAGAAGACGAAAAGGCUGAGUGCGGCCUUACUUUGUUCUCUGCGUGAGACGUAUGGUUUAAUUUCUCCAUCAUAUUUUAAUAUCACACAACAUAAUGGCAAAACAAAACAAAAACAAAAGCCCUUAUUCCAAAGAAAUCUGGAUCAUCCUUCUGUCAGUGGCAUUCCUUUAGAUGUUGAACAUUAUUUAUUAAUUCUUAACAACAUGGAUGGCUGUGUUACAAAGGUGUUUCCCCGUUGUCUGGAUCACAUUUUUCAUUCAUUAUGACAUUUAUGGGAGUCUCUUUAGGAGGGGUUUUUUCUAGUUUCUUACCAGAACAGAACAAAAUACAGUUUUAAUUUCAAAUCUUAUUUCUUUCUCUCCCACCUUUGUUUCUCUUUUAAUCGACUCAUCCGCAUCUGUAAAGCGAUUAAACAAUUUUCCUGAUGUCACUCAAGACCGGAUGAGAGUGUCUGAUGUUGGAGGAACACUUUAAAGCUGAAUGUGUUGUUUCUUAUCGGCGGGCCGUUUUAAAAGGAGUCGAGCAUUGUUUUAAAGCGGCUAUUUUAAUUAUCCACAGGGAUUAAAAAAACUAAAUACGUUGAUGUUGGUGUCGUCACACUGAUUCACAUGCUGAGGGGCCAUAACGGCAAUUGUCUCUGUGGUCCUGUCAGAAAAGCAUGGAUACUUCAUUCAUAUGUCAGUUUUUUUUUUUAAACAAGGUUUAAAAAUAUGCAGGGAUACUGAGCGUUUGUCAGAAGGUAGGACUCGUUUUGGGUUUUUGAUGUUCGAAUGUCCUUUUCUUGAAGAAGAAGAAAAAAAAAAGCGGGUUCUCUCUGGUUUAUUAACCUUUCUGAGGAGUAGUGUUCCUCCGUCCCCGAGGGCAUUCAAGUUUCAGCGUCGGCCCGACCAGUUUGAACAGUCAAAAAGCACAUGACUCACAACCUCUAUGUGGCUGAAUCAAAGUCAGCCAGUGUCUAUUGAUACUCUGAGUAGCAGAAAAGGUGUGAGCGUUUCUGAGAGCCUCAACAGAGGCCACCUGGAUAAGAGCCCCCGAGGUGUCUGCGAGGCUGUAAAUAUAAAUGACAGUUACCACCCCUCUCCAGGACUUCACUUCUCUUCUUGUCCUCUCUUCAAAGGAGAGGAAAAAAAAAAGUCUGCUCAGAGCAAGGGCAUAACACCAUUUUUUUUUUCAACUUAAUUCACUCUCAGCUGCGCUUGGGCUUUUAGGAGUAGAAAUGUUGAUUCGUUAACCCAGUGUUAUUGAGAUGGGAGUGUUUUUCAGUGGGAUGGUAUGAAUUUAAAAAAAGAGCGAGGGAGAGAGAAAAAAAAAGGUUCAUGCUGGGCUUCUUCCAGGGACGUAAUCAAAUAAGAUGUUACCUUAGAAGGAAUGAGGGGAAUCCCAGUUCAACCCGUGUAUAAAUCACGUACCCAUGUAUCCCAGUGUCAUGUCUAUUCACCUCUCUUUUCACCAAACUAAAGAGAAAACAGCGGUUUAAUGGUGUGUAAAAUUAAAUAUUCUGAAUGAAAGACAUUUGUUUGUAACUGGUGUUGCUAAUCACUACUUGAUAACUGAAGACAAUGUUUCCGGCUUUUCACCUGCCUUUGCAAGAGCCGAGUUGUUUCUUGAGAGAAAGUCCUGCAGAAACAUAAACCGUCUCUUGGUUUCAUAAUAAUAAAUGACUUGAACCUU